CGAAAGAAAUUUUAUGUAUAAUAUAAAUUCUGGAUUUCUUAUCCUUUUAUAAAGCAGCAUCAUUUCUCAUUCACUCCGUACCAAAUCCAGAGCGAAUAAUUAAGCUAAAUGAUUCAACUCUUCAUUUGAGCAGAGCUGAGCUAUGUCUACCAAUUCAAUACUUCUUUCAAUUCUUGUAUCCAUAUUAUUAUGUGGGUUCUUCACCAAGAUAACAAUCGCUUUCUCAAUUAAAGAAGCAACCAUUGAUGAUCUUCAACUGGCAUUUCAGCAGAAACAUCUAAACUCCAGACAACUCGUUCAGUUCUACCUCAAAGAAAUCCGCAGGCUCAAUCCUCUCCUUCGAGGGGUCAUAGAAGUGAACCCUGAUUCUCUCUACCUGGCUGAUAAGGCCGAUAAAGAGCGUAAGGCUAAGGCUCCAGGAUCUUUGCAUAGUUUACAUGGCAUUCCUAUCCUGCUCAAAGAUAACAUUGCUACCAAAGAUAAGCUCAACACCACUGCUGGCUCUUUUGCGCUGCUUGGCUCAGUCGUUCCCCGAGAUGCAGGUGUUGUGGUGAGGUUGAGGAAAGCUGGAGCCAUCAUAUUCGGGAAGGCUAGCAUGACCGAAUGGGCUGCUUUUAGAUCGAAUUUUUUACCUAAUGGCUUCUGUGGAAGAAAACGUCAAGGAAUGAAUCCUUAUGUUCUAUCAGCAGGGCCUUGUGGGUCAAGUAGCGGAUCAGGAAUAUCGGUAGCAGCAAAUAUGGUAGCAGUGUCCCUGGGGACUGAGACUUCUGGCUCUAUCUUGUGUCCAUCCAGUAUUAACUCAAUUGUGGGUAUUAAACCAACCGUUGGUCUCACUAGUAGAUCUGGAGUUGUCCCAAUCUCCCCUAGACAGGAUACAGUUGGGCCAAUGUGCCGGACAGUGAGAGAUGCUGUUUAUGUCCUUGAUGCCAUUGUAGGCUUUGAUUAUUAUGAUGAUGCGACUAGAGCUGCAGUCAAGUUCAUUCCACAGGGUGGCUACAAGCAAUUCCUUAAGCCUAAUGGCCUUCAAGAGAAGCGAUUAGGGAUAGUUAGGAAUCCUUUCUUCAAGUUCUAUAAUGACGAGGGAUCUGUUCUAACUCGAGCUUUCGAGCACCACUUGGACAAACUAAGGCAAAAGGGAGCAAUUCUGAUUGAUCAUUUGGAAAUUUCCAACAUUGAUGAGAUCAUAAAUUUCACUGGAAGUGGAGAACAAUUUGCGCUGGUGGCUGAGUUCAAGCCAGCAAUAAAUGGAUACCUAAAACAACUGGUGAAAUCCCCAGUGCGAACCUUAGCAGACCUCAUUGCCUUCAAUAAGAAAUUCUCCAACUUGGAAAAGACCAAGGAAUAUGGUCAAGACCUGUUUGAAGCUGCUGAAUCUUUGAAGGGAGCUGACAAGCCACUGAAGCUAGUAGUGGCAAAUCUGAACAAACUUUCAAGAAAUGGAUUGGAGGAAUUGGUGAGGAAGCAUAAACUAGAUGCACUAGUGACUCCAUAUGAUUUAAGAAGGAGCUCAUAUAUCUCAACUCUGCUUGCAAUUGGAGGAUAUCCAGGAAUCACUGUCCCCGCUGGGUAUGACACUGAGGGGGUGCCUUUUGGCAUCUGCUUUGGAGGAUUGAAAGGUUCAGAGCCCAAACUAAUAGAGAUUGCUUAUGGCUUUGAGCAGGAUACUAAGAUUAGGAAGCCUCCUUCAUUCAAGCCUUGAAUCUUUAAUCUAAAUUGGAGGCCUCUUGUAGUUCAUUAUGAACUGAAGGAUUGACAAUAAAGUCUUCAAGUUUCUUUA